AUGUCUAGCUCAAAAGAUAUCUUUGAUCUCGAGAAACAAUCCCUCCAGCUCGUCGAUCAUCCCAUCCACCUCCACCCACAGCAACAACCACAACAAUCGCAGCAGCAGCAGCAGCUUGCCCUCCACGCCCACUGCAAGCCCGAGGAUGUCCGUGUUCCCACCUUCCAGAUGGACGACAUGAACCCCUCCCUCAACGCCGUCCUCCAGCCCACCACCCCUCCCCCCAACCCUGGACCAUUCGGUCUCUGCGCUUUUGCAUUGACUGCCUUUUGCAUGGGUCUUUACAACCUCGGCGCCGGCAUCAACGCCGCUACUCCAGGCAACAUUAUCACAGGCACCGCCAUGUUCUACGGUGGUCUCGGUCAGGUCAUUGCUGGUCUGCUUGAAUAUCGCAACGGAAAUACAUUUGGCGGCACCACUUUCUGUUCCUAUGGUCUUUACUGGAUCUCGUACGCCACUCUGCUCAUCCCCUCGUUUGGUGUCGCCGCUGCUUAUGCAGACUUCCCCGAGGAAUACAACACUGCCAUAGGAAUCUACUUCCUCGGCUGGACUAUCUUCACCUUCUUGAUGUGGACUCUCACCUGGAAGUCCAACCUAGCCUCGACUGCCCUGUUCUUCUGCCUCGGCAUGACCUACCUCUUCAGCACUAUUUCUAGCUUGGCCCACCUCGAGCCCGGCAAUACUGUCCAGAGGUUUGGCGGUGGAAUGGGCAUGGUCACCUCGAGCAUCGCCUGGUACAGCGCCAUGGCAGAUCUCAGCAACAACCAAAACUCUUACUACACCCUGCCCUUGGGUCAAUUGGGACGUCGUUAA